GGAAAUACUGGAAGAAAAUCUCGGACAAGGAAGUAAGACUGAUGAAAUAAGCCCGAUAACUCAUUAUUAUAUGCCUUUACAAUCAUUUUUAUUUAAUAGUGUGUUACCAAAGAUGGAUUUAAAAUCUUGAAUAUGUGCCAAGAUAGUUCGUUUCCAAUGUGUGACAGUCUAAACAGCAUUGAUGACAAUGCAUUGUUCGGCGAAGGAUUGCACAAUGACCAAACAGAGCUGACAAUUUCAAAUACAGGUUUAGACAGGUCUCCGUUCGUACACAACAAUAUGCCGCAAUCUCAGAAUGGAGCUUUUCAUGACAGGGAUCCUGACAAUAUUGGCGCUGUGGGUUCAUCCUCGAAAUCAAUACACAUUCCAAUGGAAAGGCAAGGAAUCCCACAUCAAGAUACCAUAAUAAAGAAACCUGAAGUUAGAAUAAGUCAUGAAAACCUUGGCGCAAGAAGAAAAGAGGUGAAAAACAAAGAAAACAAAAACAAGAAUGGUGAAUUAAGGUUACGGCUGGAGACGGCUAAGGUAGAAAAUGAAGGGUCUCCACAAAGCUCCUUUGUACCAAAACUUCAAGUGAAGCGAUAUGACCGUCCACAAUAUGAUGCAAUGAGCCGAGAUGUCGAGGGAGACAAUAUUACCAAAGGUGGUAGAGGGAGGUCAGGGGGACAAAUUUUAAUGUCACGUAAUGAAUUCAGUCCUGAGUCUAGGAAUAGCUCAGGAAGUCUGAGCGAUUCAAGUAUUCCUACCCCUGCUCUAAUUUCACCGCAAAACAAUACAAAUGUUAAGAAUGCAUAUGUUGCGAACGAUACAAGUGUUAAGAAUCCAUACAUUGCGAAUGAUACAAAUCUUAAGAAAACAUAUGGUGCAAAAAAUAAAAAUGCUAAGAACAGAUACGGUUCCUCAAAUAGCAAAUCAUCGCCUGGAAAGCGCAGUAUCACUGUGGCCAAUGGUAAAAGAGUAAAGAAGAUCGAUAACACAGGCAUAACACCUAAGCCCAAUAAUUUAGUAGAACGAGGGUGUUCUGAUCCUGUUAGGGUGAGUGGAGCAGAACCAUCCGACGCAUAUAGAUCGUCUCCAAACAAAUAUAUAUUGUCACAAAAUUGUAAUUCUCCAAGUGGAAAUUAUCCUCAAGACGUGGAUCACGAUGAAUUUCUUGGGCUAUCAUGUUCGAGUCUUGAAAUGGAUGCUGAACCAUCCAGCAAUGGUAAUACUGUUGUUCAAUUUGAGAUGCCAAAAAGUAAUGGGCUCGGAAACCACACUCGUAAACCUAGCAUAGUUGUGCCCUACCAGCCUCACUCCAGGAGUAGUUCUGACAGCUCGUUACACUUGACAGAAAAUCAACUUGGUCAGGGAUUUUUAGAAAAUUCGCCCGAACGUUCAUCAGCUUUUGUGUCAAAUUCAAGAUUUUCUACAACACCAAAUGGUUAUGAAUACGUUAGCAACUCGCUACCUUCCAAUGCCCUCUUUGGGGAUGGAACAUACAGGGUAAGAAAUCAAUCCAUCACAACAGAUGAUUCCAUGUUUGCACAGGAGCUGCAAAGACAGUUGUAUGAAGAAGCACUCCCAGCUGGACAAAGUUCUGAAGAAGUGAAUUCAGACCAUGAACAAGAUUUCACGCCUCGAGGCUUUACAAGGUCACAACCAUUAUCUAAUAUUAGAUCAGCAGAAAAUUUGCUUCGCUUUCAAACGCCAGUUUUAAGCAGUAACCAGAAUGUUUCAUCCGUAUAUGACACAUGCGAGGAGCACAAUAAUACUGAAAGUAGACUGUCAAAUCCGCAAGAUUCGUCUAGAAAUUUGCACAUAACUUAUGAACGUUUACUGUCCCAACAACCCAGUCAAGCUGAUACCGCUUUUGUUACCAGCCCAGACAUCACCAUACCAAUGACCUUGCCAAGUAACCCACAGGAGCAGUACCCCACGAGUGUACGUGAGCCAAUACGAAUUGCUCAUGAAAGCCAGGUCGUAUUCUCUCUCGAGCCGGAAGUAAGCGACCACCAGACGGUGGUGUCCCUGAUAAGGGAACACGAUGAGGACCUGGCCAGACGCACCCAGGAGGCCAUGGAUGCUGAACUGGCGCAGAGACUUCAGGACGAGGAAGACUCGACGGCCAUUCGUCAUGGCGAUGAUAUCCCUGGCAGCUAUCUCAUGCGUCAUACAGACAGGCCACUCCAUGUGAGAGGGUUUGGGCAUCGGAACAACCAAAACGUAGCAGAUGCAUACACAACUAGUAGAGGUCGUCCAUUGUUCACCUUCCGAAACCACUGGUCUGAUGGAGAUCCAUAUGGAAUGUUGGACUCCGUACAUGAUGUUGAAUACCAGCAAUAUGGUUAUGAUAUCCCACCAAGUGACUACUAUUUACCGUAUGCUGGUGAUGAUGAUGAUGGCGACGACAGGCUGGUCAGUAUCAACCAAGACCCACGUUUACUGGCACGACUGUUGAUGCAUCGAAAUCCACACAUGACCAUUCCCGGACACAUGGAUUUGAAUGAUUAUGAGGCUUUGUGGGAGCUAGCAGAAAAUCUUGGCGAAGUCCGUCGGGUCGGAAUGGACCCGUCAGAGAUAACCCAACUUCCAUCUCACGUGUUCCAGCCGUCUGCUAGUGCCGAUGUGAAGACGGACUGCCUUGUGUGUAUGGAGGAAUACCAGUCAGGGGAGAGGCUGAAAACUCUGCCUUGUUGUCAUACUUACCACGCAGAGUGUAUAGAUGAGUGGUUGAGGAGGAAUGCCAUUUGCCCCAUUUGUAGACAGUCUGCAAAACAAUAGACAGAAAUAGAGACAGAAACAAAGCUGCUGACUGUUCUUUAAAGAAGAACAUGUAACAAAGAAGGAAAUAUCAAAGAUAAAUUUAUUUUCAUGCGUAUAAAAUCAUGUUAAAAGACACUUAUUUAGCUGUGCUGAGUUUUUAACCAGGUUUUCCGAAGGAAAAAACUGGUUAUUAGAUUGGCGAAUGCGGGCGGGCUGGCUGGCGGGCUGGCUGGCUGGCUGGCUGGCGGGCUGGCGGAAUAAGCUUGUCCGGGCCAUAACUAUGUCGUUCAUUGUCAGAUUUUAAAAUCAUUUGGCACAUUUGUUCACCAUCAUUGGACGGUGUGUCGCGCGAAAUAAUUACGUCGAUAUCUCAAAGGUCAAGGUCACACUUUGAGUUCAAAGGUCAAAAAUGGCCAUAAAUGAGCUUGUCCGAGCCAUAACUAUGUCGUUCAUCGUCAGAUUUUAAAAUCAUUUGGCACAUUUGUUCACCAUCAUUGGACGGUGUGUCGCGCGAAAUAAUUACGUCGAUAUCUCCAAGGUCAAGGUCACACUUUGAGUUCAAAGGUCAAAAAUGGCCAUAAAUGAGCUUGUCCUGGCCAUAACUAUGUCAUUCAUUGUGAGAUUUUAAAAUCAUUUGGCACAUUUGUUCACCAUCACCAUCAAGGGACGGUGUGUCCCACGAAAGAAUCACGUCAAUAUCUCCAAUGUCAAGGUCGCCACGACUAAAAAUAGAUUAAAAAAAAAAAAAAACUUACAAAGGUGGUUAAUUUUUUUUGGUCAUUUCAAAAGUUCAGUUUGAAUUUUCUCCCUUUAUCAGAUUUUUUUUUCACAAUGAAAACCUGGUUUUGUGACAAUUUUGUCCCUUGUUGUUAUUGUUUGAAUGUUAUUGCAAAUAUAAAAUCCAUGUUGUUUGUGAUGAAAUCAUUGUCUUUGCGAAUUUGUUGUGAAGUAAUAUUUGCAAAUUUUUAUUAUUAUUUACUCAUAAACAUGUUCAAGUUCUCUAUAUAAAAAAUUGUCUGUAUAAUGUUUUUGCGUUUGUUUUUAUGUGUGUGCCUUGUCUAGUGUAUUUGUUAUGUGACUCACUGUUUGGCAGUUUGUUCCUUGCCAUAAAUGAAGGACAGCAUUGUAUAAUAAGAUUUCUAUCCAGCUGGUUGAACUUUUAGUUGAAAUUUUGAGUUGAACUUUCACGUUUUGUGUAUUUUAUAUCUAUUUUCAUAACUCGUAGUAAGUACCCGAUAGCCAUAAUGGAUAACUGAUUUUUCCACAAUACAUAUGACGUUUCACUUUACUGUUGUGAACAAAUAUAACCAGUCUUUGCUUUAAUUUCUCUGUAUUUUUUUAGUUUGAAAGUUCAUUUGUUUGGUAGUCUUUAUUGACUAUUUUUGUUACAUACUCUAACAUAGUGAUAUUAUCAAUGUCAUUACGAAUGGAUGGCAACAAGUCCAUUAAAUUACAACUUAUAACAAGUGUAAAUCCAUGAUUGAUUGAUUGAUUGUAAGUUAUAAACAAAUACAUUUAUUAUGAAUAAUGAAUACAUGUAUCUUCAAAAUUAAAUAUUUGCAUGGAAGGUUUUACGAAAAAUAAUGUAUUUUAUUGUAACCUAAAUAACCAUAUACCUAGCAUGUGGCAAUUUGUAAUGUUGCAUAGGACAUCAUGAUCAUAAGAUGUCACCCUUUUGUGGAGCUAUAAAUAAAAUAAAGAAUAAACUGAAUUAAGCAAAUGUGAAACUUAAAGUUAACAUUAAGCGUCUGAAAAUUCUUAAGUAUAUUCAAUGUUUUAACAUAUUACAUCCAGCUGAAAAUAUUGACACAUCAGUAGACAUUAACAUCCUUGGUUUCACAAUAUUUUGUACAUGUAUCACCCUAUAUGCGAUUUUACAUGUAUAUAACAUAAUUUUAAUCCUUUGUUAAUACAGGAUUUUAAGAUUUUAUGAAAA